GAGACACCGCUGCAGUUGCCGCCACCUCCGGGAUUUCUGGCUCUUUUCUCUUCGCCUUAAAUUCGUGUGUCUUUUAUGAAUAAUCAAAAGCAGCAAAAGCCAACGCUAUCAGGCCAGCAUUUUAAAACCAGAAAAAGAGAUGAAAAAGAAAGGUUUGACCCUACUCAGUUUCAAGACUGCAUUAUUCAAGGCUUAACUGAAACUGGUACUGAUUUGGAAGCAGUAGCAAAGUUUCCUGAUGCUUCUGGAGCAAAACUUGAUUACCGCUGAUAUGCAGAAACACUCUUUGACAUUUUGGUGGCCGGUGGAAUGCUGGCCCCAGGUGGUACACUGGCAGAUGACAUGAUGCGUACAGAUGUCUGUGUGUUCGCAGCACAAGAAGACCUAGAGACCAUGCAAGCAUUUGCUCAGGUUUUUAACAAGUUAAUCAGGCGCUACAAAUACCUGGAGAAGGGUUUUGAAGAUGAAGUUAAAAAGCUGCUGCUGUUCUUAAAGGGUUUUUCAGAGUCGGAGAGGAACAAGCUGGCUAUGUUGACUGGUGUUCUUCUGGCUAAUGGAACACUUAACGCAUCCAUUCUUAAUAGCCUUUAUAAUGAGAAUUUGGUUAAAGAAGGGGUUUCAGCAGCUUUUGCUGUAAAGCUCUUUAAAUCAUGGCUAAAUGAAAAAGAUAUCAAUGCAGUAGCUUCAAGUCUUUGGAAAGUGAGCAUGGAUAACAGACUGAUGGAACUGUUUCCUGCCGAUAAACAAAGUGUUGAACGCUUCACAAAGUAUUUUAGUGAGGCAGGCUUGAAAGAGUUUUCACAGUAUGUUCGGAAUCAGCAAACCAUAGGAACUCGUAAGGAACUCCAGAAAGAACUUCAAGAACAGAUGUCCCGUGGUGUUCCAUUUAAGGAUAUAAUUUUGUAUGUCAAGGAGGAGAUGAAAAAAAACAUCCCAGAACCAGCUGUCAUCGGAAUAGUAUGGUCCAGUGCAAUGAGCACUGUGGAAUGGAACAAAAAAGAGGAGCUUGUAGCAGAGCAAGCCAUCAAGCACUUGAAGCAAUACAGCCCUCUACUUGCUGCCUUUACAACUCAAGGUCAGUCUGAGAUGACUCUGUUACUGAAGAUUCAGGAGUAUUGCUAUGACAACAUUCAUUUCAUGAAAGCCUUCCAGAAAAUAGUGGUGCUUUUUUAUAAAGCUGAAGUUCUGAGUGAAGAACAUCUGAAGUGGUAUAAAGAUACACAUGUUGCCAAGGGGAAAAGUGUCUUCCUUGAGCAAAUGAAAAAUUUUGUAGAGUGGCUCAAAAAUGCUGAAGAAGAAUCUGAGUCUGAAGCUGAAGAAGGUGACUGAAUUUGAAACUACACCCUCAGUAAAGCAAACAGGAAUUGUAGAUAAAAUGUCAUGUCUCAUGUGUCCUGGAUCUUACAUCUUCCUACCUCCCUAUAUCAAGCAUGAUAUAAGGGCUUUCACGGCAAAUUUUAUUUUAACUGUUUCUAUGGUUACUGGAAAUGUUGGAUUUAGUUUCUAAAACCAUGUUUUAAGUAGCUACAGGAGCUAUAGAUUUGAAUCUAAUGUUGCAUUAGUCUUUUCAGUUAUCUUCUACCUCCUGUAUUUUCUACUGUAAUAAUGUAAUUUAAGGCCUUCCACAAUGAACAGUUCACUUUUUCCCUGGGUUUUCUAUAUAAAGAGUUUUCAAGAUAUGAUUUGGUUAAAAAUAAUUUGUUAUAAAAAUUCUGUUUGCAAAUUAAACUGUAAAAGUAUCCAGAGUCUCAGAA